UCAGGAGUUGACCAACCCACAGUGCCUCGUCACAGGAACAACAACAGCAAUCCCAAUCCCGCUUCACAGCAGAAUCAACAAGCACCUACUGGGAUGGAACAGUUCUUAGCAGCCCAGACUCAGCUCCUCGCCGGUCUGACCAACAUCGUGGCAGCCUUGCAGGCUCAGCUGAACAACAACAACAACAACAACAACAACAACAACCACCAGCAGCCGCCGCCGCGGGACAGACACAGGGAGUUCAUGAGCCACAAGCCCCCGACGUUCUCACAUUCUCCAGACCCGCUUGAUGCUGAUGACUGGUUGAAGACUGUGGAGAAAAUGCUGAACAUCACCCAGUGCUCUGAUAGAGAAAAGAUCCUGUAUGCUUCAGGAUGCCUGGAGGGACCUGCUGCAGAUUGGUGGGAAGCCUACACCACCGCCCAUGCUAAUGCCAACGGCAUCACCUGGGAGGAGUUCAGGGCUAACUUCAGAAAUCACCACAUUCCUUCCGGGCUGAUGAAGCUCAAGAAGAAGGAGUUUCUCGCUCUCAAGCAGGGGAACAUGACAGUGACUGAGUAUAGGUACAAAUUCAUCCAGUUGUCCCGGUAUGCUCCUGAAGAUGUCGCAGAUGAUGAGCAGAAGCAGAAGUUAUUCUUGGAUGGUUUGAUUGGACCACUCCAGUACCAGCUGAUGUCGCACACCUUCCCAAACUUUCAGAAGAUGCUGGACAAAGCAAUAGGCCUGGAGCACAAGAGGAAUGAGCUUGGGGAGAUGAAGAGGAAGUUCAACUCCCAGGCACCGUCAGGAAGCAACACUCGCCCUCGCUUCGCUCCACAGCAGGGGACACCACUCCGCCUAGGGGACCCGGGUGGAAAUUUUGGGCAGCAAUCAAUCCAGCACCCAGCUCAGCAGUUCCAACGCCCCAACCCCCAGUUUCAGCGCCCCGGGAUGCAGACUCCACGUCCCAGCUUUCCGCAGAAUCGCCAGAUGACUCCUACUAGCACUCCAGCGAGGCCUAAUGCUCCAAUGGGCCCCACUUGUUUCAAGUGUGGCGAGGUUGGCCACUAUGCCAACGCUUGUCCUAAAAAGGGUGGGCCAGCUACCCCCGUGCAGCACAACAGUGCUCCUCGGCAGAAUCAGAUGCAACAGCCGAGGAAUGGGAACCAGACUCCGCAAGGCAAUCAGGGGCAACAGAAUUUGCCCGUGGCAAGGUGAAUCACAUGGAAGCCGAGACUGCUCAGGAGGCUCCAGAUGUAGUGCUCGACGUUCAGCAGUUCAAGGGAUUUGAAGAUCAAGCUUUCGAGGAGUACGAACAACAAGAGCAAGGCCAAGAAG